CCUACCUCGCGCUGCUCUCCGUACGACACCCCGGGCUGGCGGGCUCGCUGCGCCUCACUCGCUUCCUGCUGAGCGCCAUGCAGGAGGUUUCGCUCCGCUCGACGGGCAGCAGCGCUGGCUUCAACCCCAGCGUCAAUCCGCUGGUGGCCCUGAACGUGGUGCUUCCUGCCGUGUCGCUCACAUCCUACCCCGGCGGCACUUCCACCCUGCUGGCCAACUUCCAGUCGCUUCUGGCCGCUCGCGCCGGGGUUUCCUCCGCCAGCAAUGUGAUUGUGUGGGAGCUGCGUGCGGGUGCAGGCUCGAAUGGCAGCAGCACAACCAGCGGCAGCAGUGGCGUCACAUUCGUGUCGCAGGUCUGGUUCGACGCCAACUGGUCGAGUAUCUCCAGCGGCUUUGCCUCCAUGAGCGCGCUGCAGUUCUUCUACUACCGGCUUCAAAACCAGCCGGAGCCGCUGCUCACGGAUGCGACAAACUACCCGGCCUUCAAUGCGACAGGCGUCCAGAUCUCCAACCUGUCGCUCAGCGAGCCCUUCGCGUCGACCCUGGCCGCAAGCACUACACCCGCCGACGUUGCGGGUUCAGCGCCGGUUGCCCCGGCCAUUACCAUCCUGGACCUUGACUUGGACCAGGACCCGGCCUCUGCCGCUGCGGCCUCCGCCUCCACACCCAUGACCCUGCCCACCGCCGUACUAGCAUCGCCGCCAUUGUUGACGCUAGUCGGUGAGCCCUACAUGGAAGUCCUUGAGCAAAACACGUUCACGGACCCCGGAGCAUUCGUCUUUGAUUCCGUCGACGGCUUUUCCAUGGACGUGCGGGUAGCCGUACGCCUGUGUGUACGGCAGCCUGGCCUGUCGCAGCUGAUGUACGACGUGAACUCAGCGGCAGCGACCGCGUCAACCGCCAACAACGGCAACAACGGUUCGGCGGCAAUCUCAGUAGCGUCUUUAACCGCCGCUGCCUCAGCGGCUGCACAGGCGGCGCCGCCAGCGGUUUUUAAUUGCAUUAACACCACGUCCUUGUCGUACGGCGCGUCAAUAGCCACUACUGGGGGUAAUGCAACCUCAGGGGGGUCUACCAUCAUCGGCAUCUAUUCUGUUGGCGCCGUCACCCUCAACACCAGCAUUCCGAAUACGGCAUCUCGGAUGUACUUGUUGUCGUACAGCGCCGUGAACUCCCGCGGCAUUGCUGCCGCGCCGCGGCACCGCGCGGUGAUCGUACAGCCACGGUGUGACACUAGCGCAGGGGAGUUUUGGUGUGUGGCGCGGUCGGCUUGCUCGGUGGGUGGGAGCUGCAAUGCUAGCUUCACCGCAGUAGCCUCGGCCCUUUCGGCCAUAGCCUCAACCUCAUCAUCGACUACAAGCUCUGCUACCGCCGCCGCAGCAGCCGCAGUUGCCUCUCCCAGCGCUGUGACGGCCGCAGCAGCUGGAUCGACCCUAUCCAUCGUCACCACAGCAGACGGCGGCAUUGCACUUGUGUCAAGUGACGGCAGUGCCACCUUCAUCGACCCCCUGUCGUUCAUGCGUACGACACUUUCCGCGCCCCAGGCCCUCACAGACACCAACAACUAUGGCAUCCUAGGCAGCAUUCUCCUAACCGUGGCUAGCGGGGGCACCACCACCUCUGGCUCCUCCACGACCGCCACUGCCUCAUCAGCCAUGGCGCCGCAACCCACCUACGUCCGUGACACGCUGCCUCCUGUAAUCUCCCUGUUGGGUUCUGGCGCCCCGGCGGUCACCAAGAG